AUGCCACCCCCUCGCAACCUGACCAACUCCUUCUCCGUCUCUGACAGCACCAACGAGGUUGUCUGCCCGCUGCGCAACCAGGAUGGCUCCAGCUGUCGCAAGCGCUGCAUCGGCGAGAAGCGCUACCGCUCCAUGCAGGAGCACAUCCGCCGCGCCCAUCCUGAGCACUACAUCUCGAAGCUGCCUGCCACCGAGGAGAGCUUCGCGCUGAUGGUCAACACCCCGCCGCACGAGCGCCCCCCGCCGCCGCCGCCGCCGAACCAAGGACUUCCCCCACACUCUGCUGGUGCGUUUGCCGCCCACGACAGGCACGCUUGGGCUCAGGGUCUGACGGCUCCAGGCUAUGCGCACGAAGCCGCCGCCUACUACCAUGAUGACUCCACUCCGAGGUCAUCGGACGAAAUGCGCCGGGGCUCGCUGCUGCCCGCUGCCAGCGCAGCUGCUGCCCUGGCUCAGCUGCACAACCACCGGCCUGAAUACGACUGGGACUCGGAGCAGGAUGUUGUAUCAGACCCCGAGUCCAAAAACAGGCAGAAAGCCCGUUUUGCGGUCGAUCCACAGCUGAUGGGUGAGGGUGACUUCUCCUAUGCCAACACCUCAACUCCACGCGAGCUUCUUCCUUCAUCUCUGGCUCGCUCUCCGCCUGGACGUUCAUCCACUCUGCCUCCCAUCCCCCGGCCGAACAAAUCACGGUCACGCAAGAGCUCAAUCACGCAGAAUGCGCGGAGGCCCAGGCAUGAGAGAAACCGGUCCAAAGAGCUCCAGAGGCGUAUGAGCCACGACAGAAAGGCCUUUUCGGUCGAGCCUCAGAGCUCGGGAACUAACGUGUAUGGAAAGCGGUGGGAAGACCUGAUUGAUGCAGCAGCUUCGGCCACAGAGGAGGAUAGCCGGGAUCUGACUCCUAUCCCUCAAUCUCCACACCACUUGAACCGAGCUUCGCUGCCGCCUUAUGUUACGUCUCAGUUUCAUUCUUACCAUGCUUCGCCACUCCAGAAUACCUUGACACCGCCACCACCGGACCAGCCCGGCAUGGAGCCUUUCCCUUCUGUUGAGUCUUCGAUCGAGUCGAACCAGUCCGGCCACAACUUCCACAUCUCUUCCCAAGGGCUCUCGGACUCGUCGCCUACUUACGGCCAGCACGUGCAUAUUUACUGCGCCGCAUGUCGACGGUUGUCUCUCCUCCGCGCGAGCUAUGCUUGUACCGAAUGCAUCUGCGGACUAUGCCAAGAUUGUGUCGAUGUCCUGUCCAGCGAACAGAACCGCGGGCGCGGACGCUGUCCAAAGUGCGGUACGAUUGGUGGAAAAUUCAAGCCAUUCCAGCUGGACAUUAGGUGA